GUGUAAACGCUCCCAUGACUGGAAUGAACUCCUUCCCACCCACGGCCAGGAACUGGGAGUCAGUGAACAGGAUCUUAAUUUUUUCUUCGCACCUGUCAACAGGACUGACACCUUCGGCGACCUGGAAAGAUUUGGAUCGAACCCGGAACCUCAGGACUACGAACCCGAAGCGCUGUCCACCCAGCUAUCAGGCGCCCUUAUUUACAGUAAAUUAUUAUACAAUAAUGGAUAUGUGGGGCUCUCAUAAGAAACAAAAAACUGAUUCCAGUUUAGAAGAAAUCCCCAAUACCUCUCGCAAAUCAAACACAGAUGAGUUUGUAGUUCCUGCCAGUGAGGAGAGCCCACCUACAGUUAGUAAUUCAUCUGAUCAAAGGACUAGUCAAGGAAAUGAUAAGGAAGAUAGUGAAUUGCCAAUACCACAGUUCGAAGAUAAUGUCAAAGAUUUUAAUGUAGCUGAAUCUCCCGAGGAUGUACGGUUUAGCAUUGAACAGAAGUUUCUUCUAGAAAUGCCGGAUGAUUUCUUUGACUUCUGGGAUUGUUGUUCACAAAUCAAUAAGGAAAAACCUGAAGAGGCGCUAAUGAAAGCUGGUCUGACACUGGUGGGCCCAUAUGAUGUUCUCACGGGGAAGCUGAAGGGCUUAAAAACUCGGAAGAUAUCCAGCUAUGUCUGUCAUUGGCGCUACUACUAUGAUCCUCCUGAAUUUAUGACUGUGGUAGCUGGUGAUGAAAACGAGUACCACAUUGGCUAUUACCGCGACGAUCCUUUUGCUCUGCCCAGUUUUGUAGCCUCAAUGUCAUCGAUAAAACCAGGAAAUAUUAAACCUCUUGGGGAAAACAUCUUUGCAGGAGUUUGUUCGUAUUUAACACUAAAGAUGAAGGAAGAGAAUCCAUUCAAGAAAGUUCCCCUUCAGCGGCUAUACAGAGAAAUUGAAUUGUUUGCGAAGAAGAAGAAGUAUUCACUUGAGGCAGUAACGCAGGAUAUGAAGAAGAGAAAUAAGCAAGUUGUUGCGAAGACUUUCCAUGGAGCUGGAAUUGUUGUGCCUAUGCACGGUGAUGUUGGCUAUAGAGAAGUUCCCGAAACACCUGCAAAUUUGCGGAGGAUGUUCCAAAAAGUUGUCGAUGCUAAAAGUGACAAUGAAAGAAGAAAACAUUUUGAUGAUAUACAAGAACUAAUUACCAAUGUCCAAUUUGCUUAUGAUGAAGGAGACUUUGGAAUGGGACUCGAGUUGGGACUGGACCUCUUUUCAUUUGGCAGUGAAUUGUUUCACAAACCCAUUUACCAUGUCCUUGGGGUGGGAUAUGAUCUCUUAGGAAGAGAACCUUACAUAGACAUAUUACAGGCUCAUCUGAAGAAUAGACGACGGGGAAACAAUAUGAGCAUCUUGGAAGUUGUAGAGUAGAUGGUUGGCAUGACCAUCUUAGAGUAGUGUUCUUGGAUCAACAUGUGUUCCAAUGGCUUUAAUUUAUAAUGCACAUUUUACCACUAGCAUUAGAUAGAAAUGUUUGAUGUGAUUUGUCAGCCACACUGAAUCAUGAUAGUCAAGUCACUUAAGUGGUCUUAAUAACUAACUCACUUUUCUGUUAGUUAAUGGCAUCCUCUUAGUUGUGAUAUUUUGGUUUGAUUGUAAAUCAUUCCUUCUUGUUAUUUACCAUACUGUAUUUAAAUACAGUACCUUGGGUUAAUUAACAAGUGAUUUGUGGAUGUGCCAUGAAUUGUCAGCAUUUUGGAAAACAAAUAAAUCCUCAUACUUU